AUGCGAUUUAAGUUUGUGUUUAUUAAGCUGAUAAUCAAAAUUUUAUUCAUCAUGUAUUGACCAGUUAGUCUUUUGUUCACCUUUUAGCGGUUGCACAUCAACCAAAAAAGUACGAGGAGAAGAUGAAAACGAUCCGUCAUACCCACCGAGCUGGAGCAGUAUGGGCUGAAGGUCAAGAGUUGCCCAUGUGGACGUUCCAUAUGGACAACGGGGCCAGAUGGGGCAUUGCAACUACCAACCAUGGAGAAAGUAUAAAUAAUGUGUACAAGGGUCUUCGAGCGAUGCCUAUUUCUGUCAUCGUGGAGAUGUCUUACUGGAAGGUCAACGAAUGGCGAGUUGCUCGGCUACAGCUAGCAAUAGGGAGGGAGUUGCAAGGUCAUUCAAUAGCACAUGACGUAUUCGCUCAAAUGCAGAAGAACGAUGAAAAAUCAAGUAAGCAUAAGGUUGUUCUUUUUGACCGCAGUGAAGGAAUAUUCGCUAUCAAUGGCACUUUGCACAACCACGUCUCGUGAUCCAGAGGGUGCCUAAGAUGAUGCAGCUCACCCACUUCACGUGGAUAUGGAUCCCAUAUAACCU